UUUAGCAGAAAAUAACAUUGCGUUUGUGACUUAACACUGAAGUCUGGCAUUUCCGACAGACCUUGAAUGCAACAUCACCUCUGCACACAAAAGGAAAGCAAGUUCAGAACCAUUUUCUCUUCUCGAGAAAGGCGAUGCAUCUCUGCGAUCCUGCUGACCGUCCGUCACAGAAAAGCUGAGACCAGGUGAGAGGAAAAAGAGUCAAACACUGACGCAACAUGAGUUUUUAUAAUUCUACAGAAAUUCAGUGGACGUUUAACAAUCAAGAAAGUUAUAUGUUUGGAUUAAUAAACCAGGGAUCAACAUGUUACCUGAACAGUGUUCUGCAGGUUCUGUUCAGGACCAGAGGUUUCAGGGAUGCUGUGAACAGAGACAAUACCCAUGGCACUGCUUUUAUAGAUCCUGUACUCAAAGCCUUGUUUCAGGAUUUAAACAGACAAACAGCAGAAACGGUGCAGGUUACCAACAAGCUGGGCAUUGACAGAGUGAAUCAGCAACGUGAUGCAGCGGAGUACUUUGAGAAGAUCUUAACUCUCUGCAGUGAGGAGGCAUCCCAGGUCUUCCAGGGAAAAAUGACAAACAGGACAGUUUGCACAGAGUGUAAUGAUAGAAUUGAUGAAGAAACUGAAUUCUGGAGUCUUCCUCUUGCACUGGUGAAAUCUCAUGGGAAAUAUUACAGCGUGGUGGAUGGUAUCCAGGAGUUUUUUAAGGAGUCCUGUCUGGAUGAAGACAACCAGCUGUACUGUGAGGACUGUGGCCACAAAUGUGAUGCUUUGUCUAAAUCCUUAAUCACAUGUCAUCCAGUGGUGUUGGUGUUGCUGCUGAAGAGGUUUGAGUUCAACUACAAUUACAUGUCAUAUGUCAAAAAUGACCAAUUUGUGGAUGUUCCUCACACCAUAAACAUACCAGAGAAUCAGAUCUAUGAAAUCUAUGCCUUUGUGGAGCACUUUGGGAGCCUGAAAAGUGGACAUUAUACUGCAACAAUCAGAUGUCAGGAUGGAAAAGAAGACAGAUGGUUUUGCUUUAAUGACUCCUGCGUCACUCUAAUGAAACACCAACCUUUCCAGGAACAUGAGACUUUAAAAUCCCAGAGUGCUUAUCUUCUGUUUUACAAACGGAAAACUCAUGCCGGAGGUGGAGGUUUCCCCGACAACAGAGACGUGUCCAAAAGCAGAGGAGUCCUGCAUGACGUCAAUAGGAACCCAGCUCAUUGUCAAAAUGUGGAAAACAAACAGGAUGAGGAAGAUGAGUUAAAAAGAGAUGAAGAAGUAAGAACGGACACCUGUUCAGAUGCAAGACCUAGAAGGUCAGAAUCAGGCCUCAGUAUUGAAGCAGGUCAAAACACAGGAGUAUUUUUCCAUCAGAGCAGACCAUCACUUGAUUACCAAGAUAAUCAACAUGUAAAAAUGGAGGGCGAGGACAGGAAGUCCCACAACACGGCAGCAAGUGACCAGGAAGGUGAAAGCUUUGAUGAAAAUAUGAGAAAGAAAAGAAAAGUAGAUGUUAAACCUGUGAAACAUGUGACAGAUGAAAAUGUAGAGGGGAUUAAAGAAGCAACAGAAAAACCCGACACUGGUAUGCCUGCAUCAGGAAACCUACAGCAGGUCCAAAGACAUUCUCCAGCCAAACAUGGAGGAGACAAACCUGAAAGAGAGUCAUCUAAACAGAACCAAGGGGAAAAGGUGGAAACCACACAUAAAAUGCACAGAAGUCAUGAUAAUACUCCAGCCUUCUGGAGUGUUAAGAGGGGAGAGGAUCAAAAGGCAUCAGGGAAAAGGAGUUCAUCUAAAACAAAAGAUUUUGAAAAAAAUCAGAGCAAGAGAGGACAAGAAGAGAAACCAAAACCAACAAAUGAUGCCAGUGGAAAAAGAUCUGCUAAAAAGCAGAAAACUGAAGGGAGUGAUGAACAAAAUGAGAUAAUAGAGAGUUCUCUUCAUCCACACACAAAACCAGAAACACUGAGCCAAGAAAAAGUCCAGCAAAAACCAAAAACUACAAAAUCUAAAAGAUUCUGGAAAUUACGGAAAAUCUCAUGGAAAAAGUCAAAGAAACCCAAAGACAGUGAAGAUAGUGAAAGAGUAGAAGAGGAAAGUGAGACCGGCAAUAGAAUGAGUUCAAAUGGCGUGGAGAAUAACACUGCAGCACAUUCUACUAAAAAGACAAAACAACAGGAGAGAAUCCCUGAUUCUGAAAAUGAGAUGAAAACUCGAGGAGAAACAUCUAAGACAAAAAAACGAAAGAAAACAAUUUCGUGUUUCAGUUUUUAACGUAGGAAGGAAAAUUAGAUUUCAAAAAGUAAUUGAAACUAAUAUUCGCUUUUGACAGUUGCAAAUAUUACUCACAAUAGACACUAAUGAAUUUUAAAAUUUUAAUAUGAUACCAAAUGUAUGGAUAGUAAUAACUGAAAAUUAAAUAUUAGUAAUUGAAGUAAAAUAAAGCAAACCAAUAAGCCUCUAAAGUGUUUUCUCAGCAACACUCAGGUAAAAGUGGCACAAAAAUUCAGUCUUGAUCUAAUAAUUUUUUGGUGGAUGCAGUGAUGGUUAAAUGCCAACUUGUUUACGUUUUAAAUAUGCCUUCUUUAAAUGAAAAUAACUUUGCAAACAUGGGAGGAUUAAUCACUUUAAGAGUAAAUUUAUUUUAAAAUACUGAUUGAUUUUUUUCAUUUGUAGAUAUACACACAAUGAAAUAUUUUGAGAACGGGAAAUCAAACAUUUCUGUUGUAAAUGAAUGUUAUUGGAGAUAAGAUUGUGUGAAUAAAAUAAAAUAAAAUAAAAAACUGGAA